AUGAAGAUCUUAAACGCAAGAGAUGCGUAUUUGACAAACGCCGAGGUUUACCUGCAUCUGAAGGACAUGGAAGAAGAGCAAAACCAAAGGACUCGAGAAAGGGGAGCAGCAGGCGGACUAGUAUGUGAAAAUUUGCGAACUAUACAGUUUGAAAUCCUAAAGUAUAUGAAUUCGCAAACGAAUUGCGCCCAUAUGGAUGAAGGAAAGUUUCUUGCAUGUUUAAAAGUACUGGAUGAAUAUGAAUUAACCAAAGCUGAAAAGCUAAUUAUUUUAAAUAAUCGGCCUUCAAGUAUUCCAGAGAUUUAUGCUUGUAUCGAAGGGAUUGAGGAACGUCUUCAAGAAGACCAAAUAGAAGCUUUCAUCGAGAAAAUAAAUUCAGUCUACCCAUAA